AUGCGCGACGAAGAGGCUGCGUUCUUACGUGAUGCUGUCGCGAAGACGGACGCUGCAGAGCCAGAAAAUGUGGUACUGACUGCAUCGCCUGCGCUGCUGGAAGACGGCGAGGAUCUGGUGAUCUCCUGGAGCGGCGUGACACGUCCCCAUGCUACGGACUUUGUAGGGCUCAGCUGCGGUCCGCAAGCGCACGAAGCGGAUUUCCUCGUCAAGGCCGGCGUUACUGUAGCCACUGGACCAGACGUGGCGGACCGCGAGAGGCUACAGACGGUCCGCUUCUCGUCCUUGUACAUGAUGCGGUGCAACUAUUCUGUCGAGUACUUUAACUUUCAGCCUCGUGCCAACGUCUACGCUCGACUUGGGAAGCUGCAAGUCGGCAUGACUGAAGCGUUUACGGCGCCAAAGCACGGGCACAUUUCAUUCACCGACGAGAUUGACGAGAUGUCAGUAAUGUUCAACUCUGCAUCUCGAGAGGUUCCAGUGGUCAAGUACGGCCUCGACGCCUUUGCGUUGGAUCAGCAGGCAGAGGGCACGUCGAAGACGUACACUGCUGCUCACUUGUGCAGUCACCCAGCGAACCGCAGUAGCCAGCAGUGGUUCCGAGACCCUGGUAAUAUGCACAGAGUUGUAUUGAAAGGACUGAACGUGGGAACGAGGUACUUUUACAAGUUUGGCAGUGACAAAGAUGGCUGGAGCUCAGUGUACUCAUUCAUGAGCCGCCCAGAUGCGUCAGUGAAAAGCGCCAAGUUUAUCGCGUACGCCGACAUGGGCGUGUAUUCUGCACCCGCGGCGAUUUCGACGGCUGUGCGUUCGUACCAAGACGUUGUGGACGGUGGUUACGACAGCUUUCUCUUGCACUUUGGCGAUAUCAGCUACGCCCGGGGCCAUGCACACGUAUGGGACGAAUUCUUUCACGUCAUUGAGCCACACGCCACUCGAGUGCCGUACAUGGUGAGCAUUGGCAACCACGAAUACGACUACAUGGCGGGCGGAGCGAACGAUCCCAGUGGGGCUACGGGGGCAGAUGGAAGGAUGGACUUUCACCCAGACUGGGCCAACUAUGGCAGCGACUCGUCAGGCGAGUGCUCGGUGCCAAUGUUCUACCGCUGGGAUGCCCCUGCUAAUGGCAAUAGCAUCUACUGGUACUCAUUCGACUAUGGUGGGAUCCACGUUGUCCAGAUCUCAUCAGAGCACGACUGGCGCCGUGGAUCGAAGCAAUACACGUGGCUCGAGAAUGACUUAAAGAGUGUAGACCGCAAUAAGACACCAUGGGUUGUUCUUACAUCCCAUCGGAUGAUGUACACAACUCAGCUCGGCGAGGAAGCCGACUACAAGGUGGCUCAGCACUUUCGCGACGAGGUGGAGGACCUGCUUUGGGACCACAGGGUCAACUUGAUGCUGGUGGGUCACCAGCACUCGUACGAGCGUAGCUGCGCAGUGCGUGACGGGAAGUGCACCGAGGACGGUCAGGGGCCCGUCCACUUCGUGAUUGGAUCUGCAGGCGCCGGCUUGGAGAAGCAAGGGUUCUCGAACAAGUUGGGCGAGUGGAGCGUGAGCCACGUGAACGACUGGGGCUAUCUCCGCAUCGACUCGACCGAGGAGUCCAUGCGUGUGCAGUUCGUUCUCAACCGCAACGGCGUUGUCUACGACGAGGUGACGCUGGCUCCGUGGAAGUAG